GCUUCUCCAAAGAUAAUAAAGUGUAGAAGAAGAAGAAGCUCUCAGUCCGCAGUGUUUUAUAGAGAAACAGGAUCUGAUCUGCUGCAGAAUGGAAUGAAAUUUCUCUUCGCAAGUCUUCUGCUGCUCCUUCUGGAUUCCUUCCUUGGAUAAGAGACACCUCCCCACGGCAGAAGAUUUUUUUGGAAAAAAAGUGAUUACGAAACAUACCUUUAUUUUUAUACAAGAAAGAAACUGUCAAUGCUUACAGUGAAAGAUGAGUUUUGAAGAAAGUGGCAACCUCAAAAAACACCAGCGCAUUCACACCGGAGAGAAACGGUAUCAGUGCUCCGAGUGUGGAUUGUGUUUUAGACUGAGCGAUUCCCUCAAAAAACACAAGCGCAUUCACACUGGAGAGAAACCGUAUCAGUGCUCGGAGUGUGAGAGGAGUUUCCAUCAACAGAGAGGUCUGAUUUUACAUCAGCGCAUUCACACUGGAGAGAAACCGUAUCAGUGCUCUGACUGUGGAUUGAGUUUUAGGCAGAGUACUGCCCACAAAAAACACCAGCGAAUUCACACUGGAGAGAAACCGUAUCAGUGCUCGGAGUGUGAGAGGAGUUUCCAUCAACAGAGAGGUCUGAUUUUACAUCAGCGCAUUCACACUGGAGAGAAACCGUAUCAGUGCUCUGACUGUGGAUUGAGUUUUAGGCAGAGUACUGCCCACAAAAGACACCAGCGCAUUCACACUGGAGAGAAACCGUAUUACUGCUCAGAAUGUGGAAAGAAUUUUAGAGACGGUAGCAACCUCAAAACACACCAGCGCAUUCACACUGGAGAGAAACCGUAUUACUGCUCAGAAUGUGGAAAGAAUUUUAGAGACGGUAGCAACCUCAAAACACACCAGCGCAUUCACACCGGAGAGAAACCGUAUCAGUGCUCCGAGUGUGGAUUGAGUUUUAGACUGAAUGAUACCCUCAAAAAACACCAGCGCAUUCACACCGGAGAGAAACCAUAUCAGUGCUCGCAGUGUGAGAAGAGUUACUAUCAACAGAGUGGUCUGAUUUUACAUCAGCGCAUUCACACUGGAGAGAAACCGUAUCAGUGCUCUGACUGUGGAAAGAGUUUUAAUCAUCGGAAGGAUCUGAUAUCACAUCAGCGCAUUCACACUGGAGAGAAACCGUAUUACUGCUCAGAUUGUGGAAAGAAUUUUAUAAACGUUACCAACCUCAAAAGACACCAGCGCAUUCACACCGGAGAGAAACCGUAUCAGUGCUCCGAUUGUGGAAAGAGUUUUAAUCAUCGGAAGGAUCUGAUAUCACAUCAGCGCAUUCACACUGGAGAGAAACCGUAUUACUGCUCAGAUUGUGGAAAGAAUUUUAGAAACGGUACCAACCUCAAAACACACCAGCGCAUUCACACCGGAGAAAAACCGUAUCAGUGCUCCGAGUGUGGAAAGAGUUUUAGACUGAAUGAUACCCUCAGAAAUCACCAACGCAUUCACACCGGAGAGAAACCGUAUCAGUGCUCGCAGUGUGAGAAGAGUUACUAUCAACAGAUUGGUCUGAUUUUACACCAGAGCAUUCACACCGGAGAGAAACCGUAUCAGUGCUCCGAGUGUGGGAAGAGUUUUAGACUGAGUGAUUCCCUCAAAAAACACCGGCGCAUUCACACCAGAGAGAAACCAAGUGCGGAUUGAGUUUUAGACUGAGUAAUACGCAAAAAAAAAAAAAAAACGGCACAUUCACACUGGAGAGAAACCAUAUCGUUGUUCGGAGUGUGAGAAUAGUUUCCAUCAACAGAGUUAUCUGAUAUCACAUCAGUGCAUUCACAAAGAAGGGAAACCGUAUCAGUGCUCUGAUUGUGAUUGAGUUUUAGGCAGGGUACUACCCUCGAAAGGCACCAGCGCAUUCACACUGGAGAGAAACCGUAUUAGUGCUCCCAUUGUAAGAAGAGGUUCUCUGAACAGAGUUGUCUGAUAUCACACCAGUGUGUACACACCAGAGAGAAACCGUAUUACUGCUCAGAAUGUGGGAUGAGUUUUAGAGAGUGCCUGUAAAAGACACCAGCGCAUUCAUGAUGAGCGAAGUGGUAUCACUGAAAGAGUGGAAGCAAAUUCUAAUGCUCACAUUUGAAAAUACACAAAUGUAUUAGGAAGGAAGUAAAAUAGAAAUUGCAAUUUCUGAAUAAUUUGUAAUGUUUCAAUGUGACAUUAUGUUUUGAUAUGAUGUAAAAACUCUCUCUU